AUGUCAGCUGAAUUGAUCCUAGCCGCAGUCGGAGCUGCUGACUUAUGCCUCAAGUAUGGAGAACAUCUCCUAAAGGUCUAUAAGGCCUUCAAGCAAGCAGAUGAAGAUGUCCGGGCUAAGACUCUCCUCAUUGAAUCAACAUGGAGUCAAAUGGCCAUACAAGUAGAAUUCGUUCGACGAAUUGCCCAUACCAUGAGUCCAGACCACUGCCGUAUUCACUUCGAAGUACUGGAGAUGUUACAGGCCAAGUUACAAGUCGCCAUCAGGAAGAUUGAACCAUUAUCGAAGAAAGACAACGCAGGAAAGGCACAUGGGAGUAGAAUCAAGAGAUGGAAAUAUGUUCUCGUUCGAGAGUCACUCGAUAAAACGAUUUCGGAUUUACAACAAUGGCAGCGCAUUUUCGAUCCGACGUGGUAUCUGAUCAUCUUGAUCAAGGACAACAGAAUUGACUCGGAACUGUUAGAGAAAUCCAGAAUACCUAGAGACAACUCUCAUGAUGCGGAGCAAGGAAGAGCAAGCCCAUCGUCUAAGUCUACCUUAGUUACGAUACAAAGCUUGCGCAACACUCUCAAAAACGAGGUGACGCCCGGGACCCAUGUUUCACUUCCGGCAGAAGGGCUAGACUGGGAAAGGGCGCAGAAAAUCCCAUACUCGACGACACAACUCAUUCCCCGUACAGGGUCCAACAAAUUAUUUCUCGUGGACUCGAUGCUCUGCGAUUCAAGCCUUGAUAUUCCUCGAGCAAGGGCUGACGCGGAAGCUCUAGCUAGGAAACUCAAGCAGGUCGAAACUAACAACUUCGGACUUCUCUUAUGCCAAGGGCUUGUCAAACGCAGAACACAACCAGCGGGAACCCUAUCAUCCAUUGACCUAGUCUUCCGGCUCCCAAUCGGGAAGAAAACACCCGUCAGCCUACGAUCGGAACUCUUGAAACGCCCCAUAGUUAGUUUGAGUACCGUGAUAGAUAUCGCGAGGCAGUUGGCAAUGGCGGUUAGCUUCGUCCACACCUGCGAUUUCGUACAUAAGAAUAUUCGACCCGAGACAGUCUUACUUCUGACAAAUUCCGAUCCCGAGCUAGCUGAGAGUAAAAUGGGUCUUGGAUCCGUCCAUCUUUUAGGCUUCGACCGAUUCCGCAGCGUCAAUUUCUCUACCAUGCGCCGUGGCGAUACGGCUUGGGAGCGGAACCUUUAUCGCCACCCGCUACGGCAAGGGCCACGUGCGCAGGAGGACUAUGUGAUGCAACACGAUGUGUAUAGCCUCGGGGUCUGCCUACUCGAACUCGGACUGUGGAAAUCCUUUGUAAUGAAUAGGGAAGACGAAGAGCCCUGCGCCGAGGAUGAAGAUUCGGGAAAGACCCCAUCGUCGACUCUAGGGUUAACAUUGGAUGAAUUUAAUCUAGAUGUAGGGUCGCUAGCGGAACCACCUAGAAAGAUAAAAGACCGCCUCGUCCAACUCGCUAGAUCCCAACUGCCGCAACGUGUGGGCGAUAAGUAUACCGCUGUUGUGAUUACAUGCCUCACCUGCUUGGACGAGGGGAACGAGGACUUCGGUGAUCAAGCCGACAUGCACGAUGAAGACGGAGUUUUGAUCGGUGUGAGGUUUAUUGAAAAGAUAUUAUUUAAGCUAAGCGAAAUAUCAUUAUGA